UUUCCCCGGCAUCGCCUCCUCAGCUGCUCCAUUUUAUUAGAACAAUAACUGACUGUGAGCUUACAGAGGAACGGGCUAUUGCGGGCGGCGAGGAGCAACCAUCACAGGGAGGGGGAGGCAAGGCAGACAGCUUUGGCAAAAUCCACAUAGGAAUUUAUGUGGAGAUCAAGCGGAGCGAUGCUCAGGACCAGAUCUCAAAAUGAGCCAGCCAUUUGGUGGCACUGCUGCUUCUCCUACUGAACCUCGCCUACAUCCAGAGGGCAGCAGCAAAAACCAGCAGCGAGUGUCAUCACCAGCCAGACCCAGAGACAUUCGAGGCAGAUCCCUGGGUGGUGCCAAAGGAAGUACCACCAACAAGCAGGUGCAGAAAGCCAAGAGCUCCCCAGGGCAGAGCAGCCUCAAAGCUGAAAAACAGGGAACUGUCCAGCCGGGCAGUGCUGAAAUUUCUUCAUUAAGGGUUGAGGCCGGGACAGGGGUAGAGCUUGAGGACAGAGAGUUUACCGAACCCACCUCUGCAAGGAUGGAAACUGCCAGGGUGGCCUCCCCUGAUCAGGUAGGGGAGGUAUCCCCUAAGGCCUCUAAGGUUAAGGGCAAAUCUCCCCCAAAAGGAGGAGAGGGAGUGCUGGCUUCCCAACCCCUAUCCACUGCUUCAGUUGGGAAAAGCCCCAAGAAGCAAAGCAGCGGAGGAGGGUAUUGGAAGGAGGGAUGUCUGCAGUCUGAAUUGAUGCAGUUUCAUUUGAAGAAGGGACUUGCUGCUGCAGGCUCCAAUAUCCAAGAUAAAGGCAAUGGAUCUGAGACCAUCCAGGACCAGGAGGAGGAGGAUGGGGCCCUCGUAGGUGCCAUGAGCGUGCAGGCUAUGCACGAUGAAAUGGAGAAGCUACGAGAUGAGAACGAAAGCCUAAAGAAUGAAAUAGAAGAGAUGAGGACAGAGAUGGAUGAGAUGAGAGACAGCUUCUUUGAAGAAGAUGCUUGCCAGCUGCAGGAAAUGCGUCACGAGUUGGAAAGAGCCAACAAAAACUGCAGAAUCCUGCAGUACCGCCUCCGGAAGGCAGAACGCAAGAGACUCCGAUAUGCACAGACUGGAGAGAUAGAUGGAGAGCUUCUACGCAGCUUGGAGCAAGAUCUGAAGGUAGCCAAAGAUGUAUCUGUAAGGCUUCACCAUGAACUGGAAAAUGUUGAAGAAAAACGUACAAAAACAGAGGAGGAGAAUGAAAAGCUGCGGCAACAGCUUAUUGAAGUUGACACGGCCAAGCAAGUUUUGCAGAGUGAACUGGAGAAGCUCAAAGAAUUAUCACUAAAAAGAAGAGGAAGCAAAGAUGCUCAAAAGUCAGAAAAAAAGACUAUACAGACUCCCACAGAGGAGGACAGUGAAGAUUUAAAGUGUCAACUACAGUUUGUGAAAGAAGAAGCAAUGUUGAUGAGGAAGAAAAUGGCAAAGAUUGAUAAAGAUAAGGACCGCUUUGAACAUGAAUUGCAAAAGUACCGUUCAUUUUAUGGGGAUCUUGAUAGUCCUUUACCAAAAGGGGAGGCAAGUGGACCUCCAACAACAAGAGAGUCAGAGCUCAAGCUGCGACUUCGUCUGGUCGAAGAAGAAGCUAACAUACUUGGUAGGAAGAUAGUAGAGCUUGAGGUGGAAAAUAGAGGUCUGAAGGCUGAACUGGAUGACCUGAGGGGAGAUGACUACUCAGGAGCUUCAAACCCUCUCAUGAGGGAGCAGAGUGAAUCAGUCUCAGAACUGAGACAACAUUUGCAAUUGGUUGAAGAUGAGGCAGAGCUGUUAAGAAGGAACCUUGCUGACCUGGAAGAACAAAACAAGCGCGUCACUGCAGAAAUGAAUAAAUAUAAAUUUAAAUCUGGAACCCAUGAAAGCUCUAGGCAUAAUGAUAGUGUCAAGACUGAAGCUUUGCAAGAGGAGUUGAAAACUGCUCGAUUGCAGAUAAAUGAAUUAAGUGGGAAAGUCAUGCAACUUCAGUAUGAAAAUAAAGUUCUUAUGUCUAAUAUGCAGCGCUAUGACCUGGCCUCUCAUCUAGGUAUCAGAGGUAGUCCCAGAGACAGUGAUGCUGAGAGUGAUGCAGGAAAGAAAGAAAGUGACGAUGAUUCCCGCCCCCCUCACAGAAAACGGGAAGGACCUAUAGGAGGAGAAAGUGAUUCUGAAGAAGUCCGCAAUAUUCGCUGCCUUACUCCAACCAGAUCUUUUUAUCCAUCAGCAAGUGUUUGGCAGAAGAACUUUGCUGAAAGACAACAAGUGAAAGAUAUUCGUGCUGAAGCUGAGCGACUUGGGAAGACAAUUGACCGUCUUAUAUCAGACACAAGUACCAUUAUUACAGAAGCUAGAAUUUAUGUGGCCAAUGGUGAUCUCUUUGGACUUAUGGAUGAGGAAGAUGAUGGAAGCAGAAUCAGGGAACAUGAGCUUCUUUAUAGAAUCAAUGCACAGAUGAAGACUUUCAGAAAAGAACUUCAGACAUUCAUUGACAGAUUAGAGGUUCCAAAGUCCUCAGAAGACAGAGGUGCAGAUGAUCCUCUUUCAGUAAGCCAGAUGUUCCAGCCUAUCAUUUUGCUUAUCCUCAUCCUUGUAUUAUUUUCUUCCCUUUCUUACACCACUAUAUUUAAGCUUGUCUUCCUUUUCACCCUAUUUUUUGUCCUGUAACCAUUAUACCAUUUUAUGUUUUGUGUAGUUCUUAUUUUUUUCCAGUUUUGUUUAUUUUGUCCACUCACCUUAUAAAAAAGAAGUAAAAGGAAUAUAGUUUCUGCCUGAUGGUUGCUACAGAAAAAAACACUGAAGACUAAUUUGUUCAACUCGAAAGAUUCAUCCUACAGCUUUAACAAUUGGAAGAGCUUUACACAGUCUGCAUUGCUAGGUCGCUUCUCUCCUUCCCAGCUGCCUGAUGUGCUACAGAGAAAAUUAGAAAUGCAACACGCAUCACUGGCGAUGUCGGCUAUUCCCAAAAGGUGAAACCAGAGGGAUUUUGAUUGAUGUCAAGGCUCUUUGAAAAGUGAUUCACAGAAAGCAGAUAAAAGAAAACGGGCUGACUUGCUGGUUCAUCAUAGACCUGGAUGGGAACUGAACAAAGAGGACAGAAGUGAUCUCCCAGCUUGAGAACUACAGAGCUUUUAUCCGAUUCCCUGAUGCUUAGAUCUGCAGGCUAAUGCAACAAGGACACGUACUUCUAAAUCUUCAGAAAGAAAGGACCUGAAGCACACGCUAAAAGAUACUCAGACUGCUGCUAUG